AGAAAGAAAAAGGGAAAGAAUAACAGUAAAUCAGUAAAAAAUAAUUAUGAGCGGAGGAGGUGACGAGCGGAAGCAGCAGCUGGAGUUGCCACCGGGGUUCAGAUUUCACCCGACGGAUGAGGAGCUGGUGAACCAUUAUUUGUGCAGGAAAUGCGCUUCCCAGCCUCUCGCUGUUCCAAUCAUCACAGAAAUUGAUCUUUACAAAUUUGAUCCAUGGAACCUCCCUCACAUGGCACUUUACGGAGAGAAAGAAUGGUAUUUCUUUUCGCCAAGGGACAGAAAAUAUCCAAACGGUUCAAGGCCGAACCGGGCAGCUGGAACCGGGUACUGGAAGGCGACUGGGGCAGACAAGCACAUUGGAAAGCCCAAGGCACUCGGGAUCAAAAAGGCACUCGUCUUCUACGCCGGUAAACCCCCAAAAGGACUCAAAACCAAUUGGAUCAUGCACGAGUACCGCCUCGCCAAUGUCGACCGCUCCGCCGCCGCUGCCAAGAAACAUAAAAACCUCAGGCUUGAUGAUUGGGUACUAUGCCGCAUAUACAAUAAGGUCACCAAUAAAAUAACCAAGUACCCAGAAAUAUUGGAUGAGCAAAAACCGGAAAUGACCAUAAUGCCGCCACCACCACAAACACAUCACAUGAUGGAUAUGUCGAUGGAAUCAGUACCCAGGUUGCAGCAGACGGCGGACUACUCGAGCUGCUCGGAGCGUGUGCUGUCGCCGGAGGUUACGCCGGAGAAGGAGGUCCAAAGUGUACUGAAAUGGAGCAAUGAAGUGGAGAAUGCCUUUAAUACUGUUGAUAAUCAGUUCCUGAAUUACAUGGAUGGCUUCUCGGAUAUUAUGAACCCUUUUGGGGGCCGAAUGCAAAUGGAGCAGCAGCAACAACCCUACCAGUUGCAGGACAGGUUCUCCUACCCCCACGACCAAUUUUAAGCCAACUUAAAAUGGCAAGACAGAGGACAACAAAGAAGAAAAAAGGAUCCCCGUAAUUACAUGAUUUAGUAGCAGCUCCUAUUAUUCUUUUGAAUUUCGUUACGUAACCAAUUUAAUUUAAUUUUGGAUGUCUAUAAAAAAUAAAAAGGGACGUUUAGUGACUAAUAGCAAUAGUGCCCGCGCGAUGCUGCGGAUUUUAAAACUGUAUAAAACAUGCAAAAAAUUCUAAAUACACACGAUAUGCAAUAUUAUUUAUAUA